UAGUUUGAUGGUCAAAAAGAGAACAUGCUGUGCAGCGCACAGCCAUGAAGGGGAUAUAUCAAAGAUAGUAUGCCGGUAUCGUUCCUCGUCCUUGAUAGCAUCCGCGUAACGGAAAGCACAACGGCUCUCGAGACUUGGUACCGUAGCGCAUACGAGGACAACUCACCGAACACUAUCCAUAGGAUACAACCGCCAUGGCUUCCAGCUCGAAACAGCCCGGUAUAGCAGCAAACACAUCGAUUCUGACACCGGUGAUGACCUUGAAGGGACAUACACAAUUUUCGUUCUCGCUCGAUUACAAGCCCAAAUACAUUUCACACAUUUCCUAUUUUCCCGGCAGCAAGCAAAUGAUCGGCGGAUCAAACGAUAAUGUCAUACAGCGAUGGGACCUGCGGGAGGGUAAGGAGAUCAAGGAAGCUCGGGAAGUUUACAAGGAUCUUGUACAUCAAGUAGGGGUGUCAAGGGAUGGUCGAUGGGUUGUCACUGCAGUUAGUGAGAAGCUCAAUGUGUGUGAGGUCGAGACGGGGAUCGUGAGAACAUUUCAUGAUGGCCUUGUGAUCAACUGCAUUGAUCUCUCGGCGGACAACACAUUUCUAGCGGGUGGGUCAGACGAUAGGACAUGUAUGAUAUGGAGCUUGGACACAGGCAAACUAGUGGCUGGUCCAUUCCGAAUUUUUGGCUCAAUAAUGUCAGUUCAACUCUCGGAAGACUCCCGGAAGCUGGCAGUGACAUCUUGGCGUUGGCGGACCCGCGCAAAGGAGUCAUGCCUUCAGGUGUGGGACGUCCAGACACAGAAAUCGGUUGUUGUUCGAAACAAAUGUAUAGAUAACUUCACCUGGAUACGUACACCAGUACUCUGGACAACAAAAGACAAACUCAUCAUGACCACAUUCACAUCGGAUGACGAUAUGACGACAAUUCAUGAGCGUGACGUGUCGACGUUCGAGACUGUCGAAGAUUCCUUCCAAGGGCACACCGGCGUCAUCAAGAGUCUAGCACUCUCAUUUGAUCGUCUUCUUCUCGCCAGUGCUUCCUUCGACAACACCAUCAAGCUCUGGUCCUUCGGGUCCCGCCAACUUCUCGCCUCAUUUGAUGUCCAAGCUCCCUUUGUCCUCAUACUCUCACCUGACUCACACCAACUGGCUUACACGAAUCGGGAUGAGGCCAGGAUCUACAUAUGCAAUAUUCCAGCCAAUGUUCUUACUAGUAUUGGUCUUGCAAAAGAUGUGUGUAUUCAUCCAUUCAUGAUUCGCGUGCUGAAAUCUCUUGCAGACAAGCGCUCACCUCACUAAACUGCUUGACUCUGGCGCGACACGUCAUCCCGUGCGCCGUAAACCACCAAUAUCAGUCAUACCUUCCGUCCCCUGCCCGCUAGCAGUUACAAUUGAACCCCGGCAACCCGUUAUCCUUAGAUUUUUAUGCAAACUCCUUCCUUUUCGUACCGAUAUGGCUCGUCCUAUUCG